CGGGCCCGAGUGGCGGCCGGGCGACGAGUGCGGGCCUCGGAGCGACGGCAGCGGCGGCGGCGGCGGCGGACGCGGCCUGAGGCGAGCGGCGGGGCGUGGGGCGGUGCCUCGGCCCGGGCUCGCCCUCGCCGGCGGGAGCGUCCAUGGCCCCCGGGCGCCGGCGGGGCGCGGCCGCGGCCUGAGGGGCCAUGUCCGGGGUGGUGCGGACCCUCAGCCGCUGCCUGCUGCCGGCCGAGGCCGGCGGGGCCCGCGAGCGCAGGGCGGGCGGCGGCGCGCGCGACGCGGAGCGCGAGGCCCGGAGGCGCAGCCGCGACAUCGACGCGCUGCUGGCGCGCGAGCGGCGCGCGGUCCGGCGCCUGGUGAAGAUCCUGCUGCUGGGCGCGGGCGAGAGCGGCAAGUCCACGUUCCUUAAGCAGAUGCGCAUCAUCCACGGCCGCGAGUUUGACCAGAAGGCGCUGCUGGAGUUCCGCGACACCAUCUUCGACAACAUCCUCAAGGGCUCAAGGGUUCUUGUUGAUGCACGAGAUAAGCUUGGCAUUCCCUGGCAGUAUUCUGAAAAUGAGAAGCAUGGGAUGUUCCUGAUGGCCUUCGAGAACAAGGCGGGGCUGCCCGUGGAGCCCGCCACCUUCCAGCUGUACGUCCCGGCCCUGAGCGCACUCUGGAGGGAUUCUGGCAUCAGGGAGGCUUUCAGCCGGAGGAGCGAGUUCCAGCUGGGGGAAUCAGUGAAGUACUUCCUGGACAACUUGGACCGGAUCGGCCAGCUGAAUUACUUUCCUAGUAAGCAAGACAUUCUGCUGGCGAGGAAGGCCACCAAGGGAAUUGUGGAGCAUGACUUCGUUAUUAAGAAGAUCCCAUUUAAGAUGGUGGAUGUGGGCGGCCAGCGGUCCCAGCGCCAGAAGUGGUUCCAGUGCUUCGACGGGAUCACGUCCAUCCUGUUCAUGGUCUCCUCCAGCGAGUACGACCAGGUCCUCAUGGAGGACAGGCGCACCAACCGGCUGGUGGAGUCCAUGAACAUCUUCGAGACCAUCGUCAACAACAAGCUCUUCUUCAACGUCUCCAUCAUUCUCUUCCUCAACAAGAUGGACCUCCUGGUGGAGAAGGUGAAGACCGUGAGCAUCAAGAAGCACUUCCCGGACUUCAGGGGCGACCCGCACAGGCUAGAGGACGUCCAGCGCUACCUGGUCCAGUGCUUCGACCGGAAGAGACGGAACCGCAGCAAGCCGCUGUUCCACCACUUCACCACCGCCAUCGACACCGAGAACGUCCGCUUCGUGUUCCACGCGGUGAAAGACACCAUCCUGCAGGAGAACCUGAAGGACAUCAUGCUGCAGUGAGCAGGAAGGCCCCGGGGUUUGUCGUCUCCUGCAGGAGAACCUGAAGGACAUCAUGCUGCAGUGAGCAGGAAGGCCCCGGGGUUUGUCGUCUGUGACCAGCCUCCACGGCUGUGGGCCAGACUCCUGGGUGUGUGUUGUCUGUGUGGUCCUCGAGUGGGUUUCUCGGAUCCGUGCCCUGGAAUACCUGGCUCAGGAAUGCUGUCAGACCAGCCAGCCAGUGAGCUCUGGGCAAAAGGACAUGGAAACUGUUACGUUAGCUACUGAAUCCUGGGGGCUAGUGAAACUACUGAAAACUCGAGUGAUGAUGUUGUGAAGACGGAACACCUAAUCACACAGCUUGCUUUGCUUUUACAGAAACGUUCCUCUUUUUCUGACACAAUUGAAUUGAGGACCGUGUGUGUGUGUAUGUAUGUGUACACACACGCUCUGUCUUUAAUGACAGAAACACAGAAACCAGCUGGCCUUGCAGACGGCUUUUCUAACUCGCAAGUCUUCUGAGACAGACUAACCUGAAAGCUUUGCCUAACGGUAGCUUGUAGAGAUCCAGUGCACGCCGAUGCUGCUAAACUCAGAGUGCCUGAGCCCGGCCCUGCAGCCCCAGCCGCAGUGUCUGAAGGCCACCUCCCAAAGGGAGCACGUUGCCUUUUCAAACUCCCGUGCCGAUUUCCUAAGAGCCCCUAGUCCACGCCUCUCAGAUGAAGCUGAGGAGCCGUGUCUAGGAUCCCUUCCCAGCUCUGAGGAUGGGCCGGGGAGCUCUGCAGGGGUGGAUUCACCUUAUGCCCCUACAGCAGGCUCAGCCUUACCCCCCCUGCCCGAUGCCCAGCAGCACAACACGGACUGAGACAGGAUGCCCACGGGGACUGCUGCUCUGUCCGCAUACACACAGCGGUGCUCUUCUCCCCUUAGCCACCCCCAUCCAACCCAACGGCAAAGACACAGAGACCAGGUCCCCUUGCAGAUGGCUUUCCCAUCUUCCUGCAAGUCAUCUGCGCACACACAGUUGGCAGCACAUAGCGUUUCCUUCUUUCAGAAACAUUCUUCUUCUGGGGCUUCAGAAAGCUGGCAAGGCCACUAGCAGAGCUUUUGUUAAUGCCCCAGCGGCUUGGCGAGCUCACAGCUGACCUUUCAGGAAGCCCACAGACGCUGGAGGAAUCUUGAGUUUCUCCAAACUGCCGCUCCACCAGUGCCUUUGGACAGCCGUGCCUGUUUGCAGCUCUCCUGUAAGUCUGAUUCUCAUCGAGGCCCCUUGCUCCUAUGACUGUGCUUGCAGAACAAGUAAACAGUCUCAGAUGCCGCUGUCCCGGGGAGCCCGCGGAAGCCUGUGAAUGUUGAUACAAGCUGGCCAGUCCUGGGCCCAGUUCACUUGUCCAGCUACCUGCCAGGUGGCUUUCACUGUGUUUAAAAUACAUUGCAUUCCAAGCUGGUCCCCUCUGUGUGUCACUCUACUGAGAAAUCCUGCCUAGUGCGUUUGGGGAUGUGUCCUAGCAUUUAAAAAAAAAAUGAAAAGCUUCCUCUUAACUGGCACCCGGACAUUGCUGUGGUUCAGUUACACAUCCCAGGGCCCUUGUCCCGAGGCCUCUGCAGCUCACCCUCAGCUUGUUUCCUGCAAACCUGAUAAAUACAAGCCCUUGGGACAGAUGCAGAAGAGGGAGGGGAAAACCUGCCUCUGGGUCACCCUGUGAGCAGCGCGUUUUCAUCAGGAGACAGCAUGGAACUCUGUGUUGCAGUGCUCAAGGGCGUGCGUCAGAGUUUGCUGGGCUUGUGGCUCCUUUUUUGGCUGGAUAAAGAAGUUGCUGUUUUUGUACUGCUUCUGUGGCUCUUCACAGACCUAAAGGAUGUGACCAGAGCUGAGUGCUGAUGACCAGGUUUUAAAGGAGAAAGAAACCUCUGGUGGGUCUCUCGGGAUGGUCUCAGGUCACAUUUUCAGUUUCCAACAGUGAUGCGCAGCCCGGUCCAGAGCGUGGUGAGCUUUGUUUGCCUCCCGGGUCUGCUUUUACUGUCUCUCCUGUGUGUGUUAAAAUCCAGGGCCCAGAGGAAGUGCAAGCGGGUCCUCCGCCAACUGGCGGAGCCUCUUGGUGGCGCUGUUGGCGACAGCAGCGCUGUCAUUGGCGUAGCAGGGGAGUUCUUUGAAACACCUUCCUGAGUAGUCCAGACUUGUCAAUGAGUGCUUUUUUUUCCUGUAAACAGUCUAACAUAUUUACUCGUCACUUUCAAACCGAAAGCAUGAAAGGAAGGAGAUGUUGUGGGGUCCGUUUAACUCGAUAGAAAGCACAGUGGGAUGGCCCCCGGCCUGGGCUCUUGACCCGCUCAGCACUGGCCCCACCUUCCUGGCCUAGGCACUUGGCCUUGCUGAGCUGGACUUCCUCCUCCUCCUCAUGACCAGGGUAAAUUAGAACGUGUUUAAAGACACCCCCUUCCAAAUUCUGUAACACAUUGUAAUUGGAGGAGAAGGAAACUGCAAGGCUAAACUGUCAUUUACAACUUUGCUACACAUAGACCGUAGUCAGUUUUGUCUCCAGAACCUUAGGCUUUUGUAUUUUUUAAUUUUAAUUUCAUUGUUAAUCCUUAUUGUCUUUUUUUAUUAAGAUGUUGGAAAAGCAGGAGGUAGAUUUGCCUCAUCUAUUAUUGCAAAAAUGUAACAAUAAAGUUCCUCAAAAUAAGGUGUGUUCCUCAUAGCUAACUCUUUACAUAUAAGAACGCAUAUAGGGAUUUUACUGAAAUCUAUUUUUAACUCUUCUGUUUGUAGAGAAAUUGUUUCAAGGAUUUUGAGUCGUAGGUCUAAUUUAUAGAGAUCUCUAGAAUUCGUAUUGUAAUUUUCCUACUUCUUUGAUAAAAGAAAAAUGAGUCAGAUUAUUUUAACUCCAAGAUUAAAAAAAAAAAAAAACUUGA